CCACAAUGGACAGCACCGGCAUCCCUGUCCGACUACCCGGUCAGGCGGUUUACGACAACGUGAUUGGAGGCUUUGGCAGUUUGGUAGUGGGGUCCACCCCUGUUCAGUUGAACCCCUCCAUCCGUCCGCUGCAAGCCGCUCCCAAACUCUCGGGAGGCGGGCAGCUAAAAAGGUGAGAGCAUUCGCACUUCGCGCGCCGGGUCAAGUGCCGCGUACCUUAUCCUGUUCUUUCUCGUUUCUCCUUUUACAAUCCUGUGAUACUCUCUUUACGAUCUCACGUUGGUCGAGCUUAGAGCGUUUCAGGAAAUAGCGAGUAUCUGAAGAAUGGGCGCGGUUAAGCGGGUUGCCGUCAUCGGCGCGGGGCCGGCCGGGGCCAUUACCAUUGACGCCCUGGCACGAGAGAAGACGUUCGACGUCAUUCGUGUGUUUGAGCGUCGAGAGGCAGCGGGAGGAUGCUGGGUCGGCGACCAAACACCACCACCACACCUUACAAACUUCUCCUCCCUAGCAGCCCGGACCGCCGACCAACCCCUCCCGAUCCCAGAAACCCUUCCGUCCCGGACGCCGAAAGCCGCGGCCGGGUCGGUCUCGGCCCCGCCCCCGCCACGCUUCACCGAGUCCGGAAUCUACCCUUACCUCGAAACCAACGUCGACGCCAUCCCCAUGUCUUUCUCCGAGGAGUCCCUCCCCGAACAGCGCACCGACAACUCGAUUGCGCUGCACGGCUCCGACACACCCUUUAGGCACUGGACCGUGGUGAGGGACUUCGUUCAGGGGCUGGUCAACCGUAACGGCUACCAGGAUUUCGUCUCCUACCGCACCACCGUCGAGCGUGCUGAGAAGGUCGGGGAUGAGUGGAAGCUCACUCUCAGGAAAGAGGCGGAUGAAGGGGACGAUUGGUGGGUUGAGUACUUUGAUGCUGUCGUGGUUGCGACGGGGCACUACUGGGUUCCGUACAUCCCUCACAUUGAGGGCCUCGAGGAGUUUGAAAAGGAUCGACCGGGAAGCGUGAUUCACAGCAAGCACUUUCGCGGACGAGAUCACUUCCGCAACAAGCGCGUCGUCGUAGUCGGCGCCUCCGUCUCAGGCGCAGACAUCUCCGUCGACCUCGUCAAAACAGCCAAACUCCCCAUCUACUCCGUCGUGAACGGCCGCAAAGCGAACCUCUAUUUCGGCGACGGCGCCUUUAACCACCCCCACAUCUCGCGCCGCGCCACAAUCACCCACAUCGACCCGGCCACCAGAACAGUCCACUUCCAAGACGGCACCUCCGUCCCGGGAGUCGACAGCAUCGUCCUCGCCACGGGCUUCACCUGGACCUUACCCUUUCUCCCUUCGGUCGAGCUGCGCAACAACCGCGUCGCGGGGCUCUACCAGCACGUAAUCUACCACGCCGACCCGACGCUGCUUUUCAUCGGCGCCGUGGCCGCGGGACUGACGUUUAAGAUUUUCGAGUGGCAGGCCGUUUUAGCGGCGCGUGUGCUGGCCGGGCGGGCGAGGUUGCCGCCCGCUGAAGAGCAGGCGAGGUGGGAGGCGGAGAGGGUGAAGGAGAAGGGGGACGAUAUUCGGUUCUCGCUUGUGCACCCGCACUUUGAGGAGUAUUUUGAGACGGUGAGGGAGCUUGCGGGCGAGCCUGAGGGUGGAAUGGGCAGGGCGUUGCCAGUGUAUGAUCCAUCUUGGUUCCAGGUGUUUAUGGACGGGUUGGAGUUGAGGAAGAAGAUGUGGGUGAGGUUGAAUGCCGAGGCGCGGGAUGAGCUUCAGGCGGUGGCGAAUGGGGCUGGUAAGGAGGGGGAGAAAGGGCCUAUUAUAGAUGAGAAUCAACUCAGAUCCUUUCGUUCCCUAGACGAACCAAAUCCUCUCGCUAAAUGCCAUACGUGCAGCUGUCGGACCCAAGGGGUUGGGAUAAGCGCUUACAUCAUUCAUUCCCUGGAGCACAUCGGCCACUCCCAGCUCUCAUUUCUCAGAGUGAGAUUCGAAAAGGGAAAGCCAUGCUUCUGCAGCGCAGGGAAAACAUUGCCAGCGCAUGGCCUCUACAUGGAUCGGUUCUCCAAGAGAAAAGAGUCACCAAACACAGAUACAGCGAUGGAAGCCUCACCGCAGCCGCAGCCGUCCAGCCCGCCCAAAAAGCGAGGCCUCAGACGCUUCACCGACCUCCACCUCGACAUCACAAGCAUCCUACACGGCUACACCCCCUCACCGCACAUCCUCGCAAGCGAUGUCACCGGCUACCUCCUCUUCACCCUCCUCGCGACAGACUGGCCAUCCGUCUGGCGCACGAAGCUCUUCCGCGCCGUGCCAUGUGCCCAAACGGCCUCCGAGACCGUCUCCGGCUUCUGGAACGCCUUCUGGCAGGAACGAUGGCACCAGGAAGACGACGCCGAGUCGAAGACGGACAAGUGGAACCCGGGCUUGUAUAAGUCGCCGCCGCCGCGGAUGCGCUCGUGCCGCGAGGUGCUGAAUCGGCAGCAGGCGUUGAGGAAUUGCUGCGCUGCGCAGAUGGAGGGGCUUGAGGGGCGGGAUGUGGUCAAGGAGAUGGUGUUGCAGGUUGCGCUGGCGUUUUGCUGGCUUUGGGCGGUGCUGAAAGAUUACAGACGGCUGCUCUGUCUGGUGCAUUCUAUAGAGACCGAUGGCGAAGGGUGCCACCGCGAAGAGGUUAAGAGGGAGGUGCCGGUGGUGGUGUGUAAAGGGGAGGGGACUAUGCCCGUUGUGCGGGGCGGGCCGUCAUACUGUUGUUUGAGACGGCUCCAAAGACAUAUCGAUCGUGGGCAAAGCAUGAUUGACAAGUUUGUAGAGCUGGAGAUGUGUGAUGGCACCGACGAUACGUUCUGGACUGAGAUGGAGUGGCUAAGCGAGAAGGAAGGUGAGAUUCCUGAGGAAGUGCUGCAACAGGAUAAAUUUCUUGUCAGCCGUGUAAUUUUCUCGGCCGGUCUCUCAUGGCUCAUGGUUGCCAUCAGCUGCGAUUUCGCGACCUUCUACUUCCUCGUCCUGAUACGGCGACUGGGGGCUCGUUUACUGUCGUAA